CCGUAUGUUGGUGAGAAGACGUGUUGCGUGCAGCUGGCAAGAAAGGGAAUGUCUCUCAUAGCCUGUAUUGCCGUUUUCUUCACUUUCGCUGUUCAAACGACACAAUCAGUAUGUCCAUCAUCAUCCGGUUGUUUCCCAUCGCCCAGCAAUCUCGCCAUUGGUCGAACUCUCGAAGCCAACUCGACUUGUGGAGAUCCAGUCAGAGAAUUCACUAUACCUCUUGCUGCAGGAGAUAUCACUCUCACUUGCGAUGCGUCUGUUCCUUCAGAUGCUCACCCAGCGAGUCUGGCUAACGACGGCAACUCAAGUACGUGGUGGCAAGCGGAACGGUAUGAGUUUUUUGUGACGUUGCAGCUGAAUUUGGCCUUUCCCAUGCUUGUCGAGCGCUCCACCUUGACGUUUCGAUCAUUCAGACCGCGACGUAUGAUCUUGGAGAAAUCAGACGAUGACGGUGUGACGUGGGUUCCGUAUCAAUACUAUUCUACCUUGACUUGUGAUGGUGCCAACAUCCCAGACGGCGAAUUUCAGAACCUAAUGGAGGGAAACCGAGGAAACCUACCCGCCGACUCGACCGAAGCAUUUUGUAUUACCGCCGACUCUGUUCUCACUGACCCACAGGAAUUUGGUACCGUUGAAUUUCGAGCUGCGGAACGGUUUGGGAACAAGAGAUUCGAUGAUGUAGCGAUCAUCGACCAUCUGAUGGUGACCAAUCUUAGAGCGCGUUUCCGACUAUUGCAGACACAAGGAGAUGACGGUCCCGGGGCCGAUGCGAGUAUCUUACAAAAAUACUACUACUCCGUGACGGAAUGGGAUGUACAGGGGUAUUGUCAUUGCAACGGACACGCGGAGACGUGCGUUCAGAGGGGAGGCGAAUCAACCCCAGAAGGAAAGGUCUUGAGUGGUUGUGAUUGUCAACACAACACAGACGGCGUUAGCUGCGAGAGAUGUCUACCGCUCUACAACAACAAACCUUAUGGGAAAGGAAAUUCAACGGAUCAAAACGCGUGUGAACGCUGCGAAUGCAAUGGUCACAGCUUGAGUUGUACUUAUGAUUCAGCGAAGGGCCACGGAGUUUGUGACAACUGUAUGGACAACACUGAGGGUGAUAUGUGUGAGAGGUGUAUUGCUAACUUUUUCCGUGAUCCAACCAAGGCUUUUGAUGAUCCUGACAGCUGUAUUGAGUCUGGAAGAUGUUGUCAACACUACAAGACUGAAGUCUCUAGUUUCAUAAUUUUAAUAGUUUUAGCUGAGUUUGUUGUGUCUAUAUAAAAAGUCAAGUCUGCCUGCAUGAUCAGAUGCCCGUCACGUGAAUACCUAGGCUUGUUGGAAGCAAACAGGCUCAUCAUAUCUAUACUAGCAAAUCAAGUCCGUCUAGAUUGAGUUGGAACCUGGGAUUUUCUCUAGAGGUGGUAAUAACGCCAAAUUGAUGCUCUAAGCCCCUCGGUCCUGUUCAUCCGGCAUUUGUAAUGAUCAGCACAACCGUUUUUUAAUUAC